GGCCAGCAGCCUCGGCACAGUCGCUUUUGGCCAGCAGAAAGACAGAGUCGCUUGGGAAAAGCAUUAAGGAUACACACAACCAACAACCUCCUCAGGCAGUUAUAGGAAACAGCAAAAGCCAUGGCAAUGAGAGCGCUCGUCUUACUGGCCGUCCUCAGCUCGGCGGCCGCCGAAGGUCUGCGUCUGCCGGACCAGCAGUCGUCCAACAACAUCCAGCAGGUGUAUGCACCGCAGACGCCCAUCCAGCAAGUCCAGCAGCCCCAGCAGCCACAGCAUUCCCAGCAGCCAGGAGUCGGCGAGGAGCGGGGAAGGUCCUCCCUGCUGAGCAUCUUCGGGCUGGGCAACGACAAUGAUCCCUACCUGGCCAGGACCAACAGCAACUGCCUCGGGGGCGACCUGUCCGAGUGCUUCAAGACCCAGGCCCUCAACACCUUCGACGAGUUCUUCUUCAAGGACCAGUACAAGCUCACCGACUUUGCACGCGUGGUGCGAUUGCCCGAGACCCAGCAGAGGUCCCUUCUCCAGGAACCCUUCGAGUACUCAGAGGAGUCCAGGAACGACGAUGACCCAUGGAAUCAGCUGCUGAAAUAUGGACUGCGAAGGGCCGAACGCUUCGUCAAGUCCACGGCUCUGGAGGUCGAGUGGCCAGAGGAGCUCACCGAAGCCGGUCGUUACGAGGCCCGUUUCAUCGGAAACGACAUUGACGGCGAGCUGGACCUCAUUGAUGAUGGACAGCGUGCUGGACAUUUCUCGCGCAAGAAGCUGAAGAAGAUGAUCAUUCCCCUGCUGCUGGUGCUGAAGAUCUUCAAGCUGAAGCUGCUGCUCUUCCUGCCCUUCAUCCUGGGCAUCGCUGGCCUCAAGAAGAUCCUUGGCCUGGCCGCCAUUGUCCUGCCCGGUCUGUUCGCCUACUUCAAGCUCUGCCGUCCGCCGGGUGGCGUCGGAGGAGCCUUCGGCGGCGGCCUGUCCGGCCUGUUCGGCAGCAAGAACACCUUCCCCGAGUACAACCACCAGGGAGUGGGUGCUGCCACCUACUACCACCACCACGAGCACUUCGAGGGCGGCCACGGAGGAGCCCCGGGACCCUACUACCGCCAGGAGCCCAGCUUCGCCAAGCCCUACACCGACUACUACAGCAAGAGCUACCAGGGUCAGGGGCAGCAGGUCCAGGGGCAGCAGGUGGCCGGCAACUCGGUGAGCUUCGGGGAUCCCCAGGAGGCGGCCUACAACGGCUACUAUGGCCGCAACUCCGGCAAGGACAUUGCUGCCGAGCAACAGCCCCAGAAGAGCUAACUUCGAGCAUCUGGGCCCACGUUGUUAUUUAUGGGCCUCGGCCUUGCUGCAUUCCUAUAAGAGUAUUUAUUACGCUAAUUGUAAAUAAAACAAAGUUUAAAAUAAA